UACGUAGUACACGUGAAAACGCGAGCGCAAGUGUAUCAUGAUCGAAGUGGGAAUUUGAAUCCGACGAUCAAUCGCGCGCGCAAGGCCCGCACGGUCACUACAUUGUAGGUGUGCUCCUCGUAAAGUCGCAGAAAUCGUACACGCGUGGUCAGCCAACGCAACGGAAUCGCGUAAGGUUCGCGAUGUGAAAAGAUGAUAAUGAAGAGAGUAUCGGAAAAAGACAAUGAAGCCAAACAAACUUUUGUUAAGCAAGAGUCUAUAAAUUUUGGAUACGAUGCUUCUUCGUAUGCCAAUUAUUCUUCAUCAUCAUCCUCCCCUUCCACUCAACCUUUACCAGGACAACCACCUUUGCCACCUAUGCCACCUCCACCCAGCGGAGUUCCACCUCCGCCUCAUGUAUUUGGACCAGUGCCUUCCCAAGUGACUCCUAUUCAAGCAUGGGCACAUCCACAUGCUCCAUGGCAAUGGAUAACACCGCAAACGUCUCCUUUACCACCACCAACUCCGCGUGAAAUUACUAAUACUUUUCAAAGAGAAAUGCCUCUAAGAGGUAACUAUGUACAUCGUGAACGGUUUACUCACAAUAGAAGCAAUAUGUAUGUUCAGAGGAAUAACUUUCAUCGUAAAAAUAGAAGGUUGGCGCGUUUCGGACAGUCGCAGGGUCAAUUCGAUCAGGCCGCAUACUUUGGCGCGACACUGACAGGUAGUCUUGGUUUAGAAUGGCAGAGAAAUAAUUACACCGCGACAGCAAAUGACGCUAUAAUAAACCACAUACCUGUACCUCUACCUAAUCAUCCUAUACCUCCCAUUCCACCAGGAAUCGUGACCAAUAGACAUAGCGAAGAAACAGAGGAUCGAGAUGUGAAAACUAAGGAAGUAGUAAAGAAGAAUAAACCAAGGAAACCAAUGUCCCAAAGCUAUCCUAGUAGACCAUGGAAUAGAGAGGAUGCGGAAAGAGCCUUGAAGACUGAAAACGAAUAUAACAAGAAGAAUAAAAUUAAUGCACAGAGUUUAAUAAUUAAGUUUCCUGAUCCAGAUUUAAAUAAAGAUAUUGUUAGAUUAUUUCAUCCUGGUAUACAAAACAUACAUUUUCAAAGUCCAAGUGGGCCGAGAUAUUGCUUCAUCCAGAUGGCAGAGAAUGUGAAUAUUGACGAAGCUAUAAAAGAUUUGGAGAAAAUUCAGUUCGGUGUAGGGAAUCUGAAAGUCGAGAGAAAGUCAUUAAGAGACGAGGAUAAUCCGAUGCCUGAGGAGAUAGAUCCCUAUACUUUAUAUAUAGGAAAUUUGCCCGAAUCUGUUAAUGUAAACGAGGUUAAAAGCAAAUUUCCAACAGCACGAGUAGAUGUAGGAUACGCGCAAAAGAUGAGAAAUACCCGAUAUGCUUUUAUAAGAUACAAUAGCGUAGAUGAAGCAAUAGCAGCUUAUAAACAAGCGCAUGACUUGAUGUGGGAUACAAGAAGUAUUAUUGUUAGAUUCAGACGGCAGCGAGGUAACGCUUGUCUUCCUGGAGAACCUAAGCCUAAUGUUAAGAAAGUUAAACAAGAAUCAAAUAAUGCUGCGCAAGUAAAAAAAGAACAGAGUGCAAAUCAUGUUGAAUUGAAGCUUAACGUCAAGAAGUUGAAGGAUGAAGGAAAUAAUGCCAAUCAAAUGAAGAAAGAUGAUAAGAUUAAUCACGUAGAUAAAUCGUCGACGGAUCAAGAUGCAAAUAGCGUUGAAGCGCGACUGCAAGACAAUUCCAAUAAGGCACAAAAUAAACCAACCUUGCAAGUUCAGGAACAAAAUACAAAUUCUCCUUCCUCUGUGUUACCGACUUUUAUUACGUCGGCUAAAACAGCACAAGAACAACAACAGCAACCCUGGACGUCGCAACCUCCUCAGAUACCUUCAGCAUCUGAAGCUCCACCACCAAGCAGUCCAACUGAGACAGAUGCGAUUGAAGAAACAAUGAUGCUUAGUGAGAUCAAAGAGGAACCUCUAGAUUACGAAGAACUGGACACAUCGUGUACUAUGCAAGAAAUGGACACGUCGUGUACUAUGCAAUCAGAUGAUGACGAUGACGAUGACGACGAUGAGGAACCAAAUGACACUGACGAUGAUGAGGAUGAUAAUGAGGAAGACUUUGAAGAUGACGAGGAUAUCGAUGAUGAUGGAAAUAUAAUGUUCAGCGAUAAGCAAUCGGAAACAUUACAAGAUAAUGAAGAUGAUGAAGAUGAAUCAACCGAUCACCUCGAUCAAAUGUUCAGCGAAUUAGAGAAUGUGACAGGCGAUAUAGGUUUUUUGGAGCAUUAAAUAAUAUAUCGUUUUAAUGCUCGUGUAUCAUGCUGACCGAUUUUUAUGAAGAUUAAUUUCAUAUGUACAUAUAGUUACAUAAUAUAAACAAAUGAGACUGCAUGUAUUUAAAUACGAUAGUGUAAGCGAUUGCAAAGUGUUUAAGCAUUUUGUAAUUAUCAUUUUUUUUCCAAUGAUUUUCAAUGAAUAUAAGUUUAAGUGCGAAAUUAUGUAAGCUAUUGUAUUAUUAAAAUUAUUAUUUUGUGUA